AUGCCUGCGGAUGUCUAUGGACGGAGUCGUGGAAAUGACGUGUGUGAGGUCCAUGUUGUUGCCAUGAGUCGCGAUGACGUUUGUGAUGCUUAUCACGAUAAGAAGCACGGAGUGUGGAGCUCCGAAGCUCCGGAGGCUCAACUGCAAAAACGCCAACAACUUGACCGGGAUCCGUUCGACUUCGGCAGUUUUUACGCCGAGAUCAAAAGGUUAAUGCCACAGUUUGCUCCGAAGAGAAUAUUUUACACCGGUGUGACAAAUCUGUCUGGACUUCCUAUUGUUGGAUGUUUUGUUGAGAACAUGGGCUGA